AUGUCCGAAUCUUUUUUUGACGAGGCAAAGCCCUCCUUUUCACACGAUAGUGUGUCGCGUAUCAGAACCGAGGGACAUGGCGACGAGAUUGUGGUUUUGGGAAAUAAACGGUAUUACAAGCACGAGCUCAUGAGGGCGUUUGGCGGCACCUUGCAGUCGGAGCGGCUCGCGCCUUUUAAGGAGCCGAAAUUCGGAAAUGCCGCGGCCUUGGGCCUCACUGCUUUUGCCACCAGCGCGUUUGUUUUGGGGCUCUCUUUGGCCGGUGCAAAGGGCAUCACGGUGCCCAACAUCACUGUAGGCUUGUGUUUUUUCUAUGGAGGCGUGGUGCAAGCGGCAGCGGGGAUCUGGGAGUUGUUUUUGGGAAACACGUUUGCGGGAACUGUCUUGUGCAGUUUUGGCAUGGGCUUCUGGAUGUCUUUCGGAGCCAUGAACGUUGAGGCGUUCGGCAUAGUGGCUGCGUAUGGCACCGACACUGAGAUGUUGAGCAAUGCCAUUGGGUUGUAUCUUGUGGGAUGGGGCAUUUUCACGUUCCUCAUGUUGCUCUGCACGCUAAAGACCACGUUGGCUUUUAUGGGGCUAUUCUUCACGCUUGACAUUGGCUUUUUCGUGCUUGCCGGAUACUAUUUCACAGCGGAGCCCAAGCUCUUGACGACGGGCGGUGUGUUUGUGACUAUGGCGGCAUUGUGUGGAUGGUACUGUGCAUUUGCGGGUGUGGCCACGCCGGAAAACUCAUACAUCGUGCCUUUCUCCUUCAUGCUUCCUGUGUUUGGCGAGUCCAAAGCGAAAAAAUAG